GUGUUUGGAGGCGGGAUGCAGCUCAGUGUGUGUGACUGCAGCCUGGAUAGCACACGUUUGUAACUUUUUCUCUUUAAUAUUUCUUUCGUAAAUCCUCCAUCAUGGACCUGGACCCGGCCGUCAUCAUCCCCGCACUCCUUUUUACCGCAGUCGCCAUUUAUUUCGCUUCAUCGUAUCUGAACAAGAAGCCCGACGCCUCCGCAGCCGCUAAGAAGAAGCCCAAAGUCGGCUACGGAGACGACAUCCCUCCGUCCAGAGCCCUGGGACAACCGACCAGAUCCGAGCCUGCUCCGGUCAAAGUGAAGCCUGCUCCAGUACCAGCACCAGAACCAGUUAAAGCACCAGAACCUGUCCCUGAACCAGUUAAAGUACCAGAGCUUGCUCCUGAACCAGUUAAAGUACCAGAACCUGAACCAGUACUAGAGAUUGUACCUGAACCAGUUGCAGCACCAGAAGUAGCUGCAGCACCAGAACCUGCACCAGAGCCAGUAUCGGAACCCGAACCUGUCCCCGAACCAGAACCAGUAUUCAAACCCGAACCUGUCCCAGAACCUGAACCAGUAUUCAAACCCGAACCUGUCCCAGAACCAGUAUCGGAACCUGAACCUGUCCCAGAGCCCGAACCAGUAUCAGAACCAGAACCUGUCCCAGAACCGGCUGAGGUUCCAGAGCCCGAGCCCGAGACGGUCUGGGAGCCUGAACCCAUCGUAGAGUUUACACCAGAACCAGAACCUGAGAUUUUCCCAACCAAUGAUGUGGCUGCAGCUGACGACAUGGUGAUGUUCACUCCAGGAAAGAAACAGAGCAAGUUUGAGACGAUGAUGACGAAGGAGGAGAUUGAGGAGGAGCAGAGGAUAGAGCUUACGUCAGAUUUUACUUCUCUAUAAUCAUCAGCACACACACACAGUGUGUUAGGAGGGACAUGAGAUCCUGAAUGAUCAUCCUGAGAUUUGAAACCCCUUCAGCUUCUUCCUUGAUUUUGUCACUGCUGAAGGAAAAGAUUUGAAACCUUUUAUUUGAGAAUCUUUCAGGUCUGAGCUGCUUGUGAAUAGCAAACGUCUUUACACCAAAGUGCCUUCAGGAGUCUGUGUUUGUACUGUUUGUAGAGUAGCAUUAACAGAAACAGAGUGAAGUUAUUGUGUUUACAGGACAGAUGGAGCAGUGUGACACUUUUGUUCAAACUUUGAUUUCAAUAAAGUUUAGUCAAACAAUGAAUCUGCUGUUCUUAGAAGAACGGGAAAAAACCGAAGUUAAACGUCCUGUGUUUGAGGUGUGAGGUUUUUCAGUUUGAUUUACAUGUUUAGACAUGCAAUAAAUAAAUAAAUGAAUGUGUGAAACCCAACUGACGUUAGUUGUGUUUGCUUCAGGAAGCUUUUGUUUUUAUUUUUGAAUUAAGCAUCCUGUGCAUUAAAAUAUAUCCUGAAAUGUAACCAUCCAA